CCCGCACCCCUUCAGGCCCGCCCCAGUAUAUUAAUGGACACCUGCUCUGUCCGCCAUCAGUCUGUCUGAGAACGACGGCAUGCAGUCACUUCUGAUCAUCUCCCUCCUCGUGCUCGGCAUGGGAGCAGCAUCACAUACCACACCACAGCCCUGCAGACUCAAGUUCAUGACGACCCUGCACUCUAAAAGCAAAUCAGGAUCUCAGAGCCUACCAUGCCCUAUAUCCCAGGUCCCUCAAUUUUCUGUACCUAAGAUCCCUCAGUUGUCCGUAUCCCAGCUCCCCCAUUUCUCCGCACACCAGACCCAUCAAUACCCAAAACUGAAGGGCUUGCAUUACUCCAUGUCCCAAAUCCCAAAAUCAUCUAAAUAUUCAGUCACAGAAUCCUCCCUGUCCCAGGUCCCUAAAUUAUCUAUUUCAGAUGGCCCAGAAUUCCACAUGUCCCAGAUCCCACAAUUCUCUAAGUCUGAGGUUCCCCAGUUCUCUGUAUCUGAGACCCCAAAAUUUUCAGCAUUCCAGGUUCCCCAGUUCUCCAUGUCUGAGACCCCAAAAUUUUCAGCAUCCCAGGUUCCUCAUUUCUCCAUGUCUGAGAUAUCCAGAUUCUCUGUGUCCCAGACCCCGAAAUUCUCUGCAUCUGAGACACCACAGUACUCUGUGUCUGAAAUCUCUAAACUUCACAUAUCCCAGACUCCACAAUUUUCUAUGUCUGAGAUCCCCCAAAGCCCCACAUCCAAUGUCCCACCAUUCACUGUAUCCAAUAUUCCCCUCUUCCCUGUGCCCAAGAUCUCCUUAGACUUCAUACCUGAGAUAUCUCCUCUCCCUAAAAUCCAGGGAACUCCCAUUCCUGAAAUCCAGAUUACUCCCAUUCCUGAAAUCCAGAUUACUCCCAUUCCUGAAAUCCAGAUUGAUCCCAUUCCUGAAAUCCAGGUUACUCCCAUUCCUGAAAUCCAGAUUGAUCCCAUUCCUGCAAUCCAGAUACCUACCAUUCCUGAAAUCCAGAUACCUCCCAUUCCUGCAAUCCAGAUACCUACCAUUCCUGAAAUCCAGAUACCUCCCAUUCCUGAAAUCCAGAUAACUCCCAUUCCUGAAAUCCAGACCAUCAAUGACAUUCAGGUCGACCCCAAACCCCCCAAGAUCCAGCUCAGUGUUCUUCGGCAGCAGUUCACGCAGUGCUACACAAAGCCCAAGCUGAGGGGUCGUUGUACUUUAAUCACCACUGCUGUUCCAGAACUAGGCUUGGGCAAAUUUGACAACCAGAUCCAAAGUGUGUUUCAGAGUGGCAUGUGGCUUUAUUAUGAAAGCAUCAACUACAACGAUGUCAUACCUGGGAGGGUCUUCUAUGUCAUUGGCACUUUUACUGCUGUGACAUUUCCGUUUCAAUAUCGCAAUGUUGUUUCUUCUGUUCGUCCCAUUGGAGGUGAAAACAAUGAGUAUGGUGACAUGCUCAUAAGCUACCAGGGUGAGGGAUUCACAGGAGCUCAACAUUCCUGGCAGUACAAUGAUCCUUUCAUGCUUGAGGAAAUUGGGAGAAUCUCUUCUAUAAUUGUCACUGGAAUGAGCCCAUGGACUGUAUACAGUGGUGAGUACUACACUGGCAACAGUCUUUGUGUGUAUCCCGACAUCUAUCCUGCAAAUUACCACACGCAACCCUACAUUCUAGGAAUGUACAUAAAUAUCACAAUGCUGGGCCUUCCUAACAUCAUAUCAGCAAGAAAGGGUUGCUGGGCCAGUUUCGGAGCCCGACCUCAAAGUAUAAGAGUGGAUGGCCGGAAUGCCAAUGGAUACUAUGGGCGCAUCCUGUAGCUGUCACUGAAGACUGUAAAAUGGAACCUUCCACAUCAUACACUGUAUAGAUUCAUAUUGUUUGCAAGAACAAUAUAUUAAGUCAGGGAAUGACUGAUGGAUUACAUUAAAUUUAAGCAUCUCAUACAAGAAUUAUCUUUGUGUUCAUGAGUAAAAAUAAGCUAAUGUUCUAGAUGUAUCACCUUCAUAAAAAACAAGAACUGUUUGGCUACAAAAAAUAAAGGUACAUCUUCAAAA